AUGGUCAAGUCAGACCUCCAUGAGCCACCGUUCAGCUACUCCUCUCACCCGUGGGAGGAAGAUGCGGCCCCAAACUACACUGGGCCGGGCGAACAUGGGCCCAUGGAGCUUGAUCCAUCGCCAGAAGUUGUAUCCUUUGAUCUUUUAGGUCUCGAGUAUCCAGUCGACGAACGAUUCGAUGGCAACCAACAUACGCCCCAUUCACAUUGUGCUACAGAGGCUUAUGACUCCUUCGGGCAACUAGGUCUAGAUUCGUCCGACCUUCGAAAUGAUCCAUUGCAAGAUUAUGUCAGUGCAGAUUGCAUUUUGCAUGAGUCCAGAUAUGAUGGCAGCUGCCCUGAAGCAUGGAGCUUGACGUCUCUAGGUACAGGAGCUUCCAUAGGUGAAAGGACCGUUGAAACUUCAUCAGCGCCUGUAUCCGGUGGCGAAUCCGAACAAGGAGUGCGCAAGCGCAAUCCUCAUUAUUAUCCCAGAGAGACAGUUCGCAUUCUGAGAGGAUGGCUUGACCAACGCCAGGAGCGUCCCUAUGCCACUAAAGAAGAGCGAGAGGAGCUUCUGCAACGCACAGGAUUGACGCGAACUCAGUUGCGCAACUGGCUUGCAAACACCAGACGCCGGGAAAAGGCCCGUUUAGCAACGCAACAACAGGACAAGUUGUUACCAUCAAGUGCUAUUGACAUCCCGCAUCAAUCUGUGUCACAAAUGACACCCUUCGAGCGCUGGAAAUAUUCCCCGCCUGAACAUGAGCCUGCUGCACCGAGCGACAUAGCUCAGGCUCUGGCGAGCCUUCCUCCCGAAGCUUACCCCGAACUACCGUUUGGUUCGUUAGACUCCACAUCACAUUCAUUAGCCUCUGGAGUCAGCCAAGAUUCUCAAUCUGGGCAUUGGGACAUUUUUCCAACACCAUCGGUUGGCAGCCGCGACACUAGUAGAUCUUCCAGCUCUAGUAUAUCCAUUGCUUCUGCCUUCUCCCAGCGUUCACUACCACGCUCUAGUUUGCAAGGUCACAUCAACUACCGCCGUCAUCGCCGCCGCCGCCAGCAGCGAACCAAGGCACCAGCGCUUGCGAACAAUCUAGCUGCACGUCACGCUCAAGACCAUCGUCGCUUCCAAUGUACCUUUUGUACCGAUACGUUCAAGACUAAAUAUGAUUGGCAGCGGCAUGAAAAGUCCUUGCAUUUAUCCCUGGAGGAGUGGACCUGCUCGCCCUUUGGUGGUAUUGUUUCUUUAGAUGGUCACAAUGUGUGCGCCUUGUGUCUAGCCAUUAACCCAGACGAGAAGCACCUAGAGUUACACGACUAUGCUCCAUGUCAAGAGAAGAGCCUACGGGAGAGGACUUUCUCCCGAAAGGAUCAUCUCCACCAGCACCUACGGCUAGUCCACAACGCCAAGUUUGGAUCGUGGAUGGAGAGUUGGAAGACUAGCAUCGAUGAGAUACGAUCAAGAUGUGGUUUCUGCGACACGAACUUCAGCACUUGGAAAGAGCGGGUAGAACACCUUGCGACACAUUUCAAGGCAGGAAUGGACAUGCGCCAGUGGCAAGGAGGUUGGGGAUUCGAGACGGUCGUGCAGGGACUGGUGGAAAAUGCUAUGCCACCAUAUCUGAUCGGUCAGGAGCGAUUGACAACAAAUCCAUUUAGUGCCAAAUCCGCCAGGGCGCUUGAGACCAGCCUUGAGGCUGAUAGCCCCGCUGUUUCAGGGAAAGAAUUUGUCGAAGACGUCAACCAUUGGCUUGUUCUGGAGCGAGAGCUGGCAGAUUAUAUCAAAUGCCAACUGGAGAUUGGUGUUGUCCCUUCCGAUGCCACAUUGCAGUAUCUUGCUCGCAUGAUCGUCUAUUCCUGUGAUGAUCCGUGGAAUCAGACCUGUGCAGAUAAUCUUGUUUGGCUGGGCAACUUGAAGCGAGAGGCUGGAGUUGAAGAAUAUCUGUCGCGACAGUCGAACAUGCAAAUUAGCGGCGCAAGUGGCAGUCGUAAUUAACAUCUUCAACAGGACGUUUUUGAUAAGGAUCAUUUAUAUGGGCUAUCAUUGUACUGGCGUUUCGAUCCACUGCCUUUAUAGAGCAUUGAAGCGAUUUCAUGUUCUAUACUCGGUUUAUUCAAUAUUUAAUGAUUAAUAAUAUUCGGAC